UGCAGCUUGGUCCUAUCGUAUUUAUAUAACGAUGACCUGCGAUUACUGUUGCCUGAAUACAAAAAAUUUUUUAUUUGACUGCACGUUGUUCUGAUCUUUGCUGCUACUUACUGACAUGAUAGUUGGUGUUUACAUAAUUACUGCACAUGACAAUAAUCAUAGCAAUAUUUAUUAUAUAUGUCGUUUUGUCUUCUCCACAGGCAUUUAUCACUUUCUUACAGAGAACUUACCCAGAACUACCUUCCUAACUGUCUCCAUAUAGAGGGCAUACAAUAUGGGGCUGAAGAUAUCACCAUACUUAAAGAUGGAUUGGCCUUUCUGAGCACUGGCUUGAAAUAUCCAGGUUUACCAUCCUAUUCAGAUGACCCUGGAAAGAUUUAUACCCUGAAUCUGUUCAAUUCUGAUCUGAAAAUUAAAGCACUGAACAUCAAGGGAGACUUUGACAAAGACUCUUUUAAUCUACAUGGAAUCAGUGUGUACACGGAUGAAAAAGAUGGUGCCGUAUACCUGUUUGUUGUUAAUCACCCUCAAGCCAACAGUCAAGUGGAGAUUUUCCGAUUUGUUGAGGAUGAAAAUGCUCUUCAAUACAUCAGUACCAUCAGGCAUGAACUCCUGCACAAUGUAAAUGAUAUAGUAGCUGUGGGGACCGAAAGCUUUUAUGCCACCAAUGACCAUUACUUCACUAAUGAGAUUCUCAAGUUUGUGGAGCCGUUUCUGUCUUUGCCCAGGUGUAACAUUGUCUACUACAGCCCUCAGACUGUGCAGGUUGUGGCAGGGGAUUUCUUGAUUGCCAACGGCGUAAACAUCUCCCACGACAAAAGGCAAGUUUCAGAAAAAAAUAUCAAGAUUUGCACAGCAUAA